AUGGACGUCGACGAGAAUCAGAAGACCGACCGCCAGUGGAAUGCUGAACGUAAAAAGAAAGACGCAGCAGCGAUCCAAGCCAUAGUUGACGGAAUUGUUGCUCGAUCCACGAGCAGCGCUCCCGAUCGCCCUACAAAUUCGAAUCAGACUGCUAGAGCCGUUUCUGCAGAGCGCAAAGCCUUCGCAAAGCCCAAUACCACGGCUCCUGUCAGCGGCGCCGGAUCACAGCAGCGCUCCAUGCACAGCGGAUCUACUAGACUUCGUACACCGGCUGCAAUUAUGAUUGAGAAGUCUGUGACGCAGGAUGCCCAAGAAGAGCCAGUUGUAGAAGACGACGGAAAUCAAGCCACCCGUUCUGCAGUUCCAGAUCACUCGAUGCCCGAUGCAGAAGAGCGAGCAGCCACCAGAAAGAACCGCAUUUGGGAAUUUAAGCAGUUCGCCGCUCGUGUGGAGAAAAGUCGACAGCUGAAAGAUGCUGCGAGAGCGCAAACCAAGCAAGACGAUGCGGACGCCGAGUUUCAUAUGCUUUUGGCCGCCGAGCUCGACAAGCAAGUAAAGCAAGACCUAGCGGCUCAAGAACCAAUGGUUGAAGAUCCGGUACCUUCCCAGCCGACACCCAAGAAUGCAAUGAAGACGCGCAAGGACGCAGUCGAGCUUCCAGAGAUUACUGAACUGCUCGAUGCUCUGUCUACCAUGGAGCAGACCAAUUCGCAAAGCGCCAUCUCUCUUGGCUUCCCAGAAGCGCCUCGCAGCAGCGUCGUCUUACCUGCAGAAAAGCUGAUUAUUGGGAAUAUGAUUCAGAGCGAGAAUCACCCUCGAGCUCCUAGGAUCAGCAAUGCUCGCACCACGCCCUUUGAUCAGCGUAUGGGUGACGAUCUAUUCACUCAUCCACAAAUGACACUCUCUGAUGCCGCUGCACAGAUACAGACAUAUCUGAACGCUGCACGCGGAGUCACAUCACGUUGGUGCGAAUUGGGUAAAGACCACUUUUCCCAAUCUCUGAGCGACCCACUGCUCCAGCGUCACAUCGAAGAGUUGACUCGCGACUUGUGUGGAAGCGCUAUAUUCUUGUCGCGCGGUCGCCUUGGUUGGGAGCUGCAUGAUCUGCCGCGCAACAUCUUCGAAGAGGCUGGGUUGCUACUGCCGGAGCUAAGAACUCAGCUCACCUCCAUGAGCCAGUGCAAAGGUGGCGAGCGACUUAUUGGAGCGCUCAAGGCUACAGAAGAGAUCGACGCGACGAAGACAUGGAUGGGCCCUAGUGACGCGUGA